AUGUCUAACGAAGUUGCCAGGGCAAAUGAAGAAUCACCAGUUGCGCAGCAAAGACGAAAUUGGACAUCCAUUGUCAUAUCCUCACUUUUGGGUGGAGGUUUCGCUCUCUUUAUCGCUCCGACUGUCGCAGUGGCAAUGCCCGUCGGAGCCGCAGGGUUCAUGGCAGGGACAGUCGCUACAGGAAUUAUCGGCUCAGUCACAACAAGGAUUACGGGCAACGCGAUUGACGCUAGCAGCAUAACCAUCAUUAUACAACAAUAUCCCCUUCAGCAAUUUUACAGGAAGACUGUCAUUCAAUACAUCGGAACCACCUUGGAAAGUGUCAUCACCUGUCUUCGAACGAACUCCCCUUUUGAGGUCAACAACAGGGUCUUGUUUGACGUUGGUAGUGAGUUCAGUUUCCAAGGUAUGGACGUUAAGGAACGGCGACGUAUGCUAUUCGACUUCUCCUUCCGGGUUAUCCCACAUAACAGCACCACACCCGUAGACGAGGGUAUUCCAGCGCCAGCCUUACCAACUCACGACCCAGACGCUACGCGGGAGCUUAUUAGUGGUAACAACAAGGGUUUGCUGGAUGGCUGCACACAAGCCAUUGUCGAAGGUGCGGUGUUUGGCUUUGUGGGUGGCGCGAUCGGCAAAUUAGUUCCAAGUUUGGCUCGCAAUGUCGUCGUCCGCACAGUUCCGAACAAGACUGUCAAUAUUAUACUAGGCAUGUCUAGUGCCACUGGGAUAGCAGGGCCAGUGAAAAACUUGGCGUUUCCAUCAUCAGAGCCAGAUCGUGCAGCACUCUUUGUUGAGUUCGUUACCGAGGUUCAGUGCCAGAUCAAUCGUCUCGUUUGUUGUGCUACAGACAACCGCGUGGGUCUUAAAUUUGACAUGAAAAUUGGGUCAACAACGGAUUUAAACAUGAACAUGGAAUCGGGCUUAACCGGAGGUGAGCGUUGUGAGUACUACUGGGAUACUUCUGGGAAAGUUGGGGCCGUCUAA